ACAAGAAGAGUUCUCGUUCCCUCACCCCCUCCGCCGUAAUGGAAAUCUCCAGUUUAGGUAAAUAAAAGGAGUGUAGGCAAAAAAACUACGAUUUCCAGCAUGCAUUGCGGAUCAAAAGACCUUCGCCAGAGUGUUCCUUGGAAAGUGUAGUCUUAUGGAGGGGAGCUUCCGCCACUGGAAGCGGGCAAGAUUCUCAGGGCAGCCCAGAUGAUAGAUUGAAGAGUUCCACACGCUGAUGCACGUCACCAGAUAUGAGUUGGAAUGUUAAUGUUUUCGUACGUUGAGGGCGGAGAAUAAGCUAAAGAAUUUACAAGUCCUAGGGAGACUACAAUUCCCAUCCACCCUCGCGAGUCUCGGCUUUCCAGGUCACACAUUUUAACGUCCCGGAUAUCUUCUGCAAGCCUCUGGUGGAGACAGUAAUCAAAGCUCAGGUUCCCAGGCCUGCUGCAUUAAAGAGGUUUUUGGUAUCCUGAAAAAAAACUGACGUAGAGGAAAAGCUGACUUGUGCCAAGCGAAGCCCCACAGCAUGGACCCACAGGUUACUCUAAAUGUGACUUUUAAAAAUGAAACUCAAAGUUUUUUGGUUUCUGAUCCAGAAAAUACAACUUGGGCUGAUGUCGAAGCUAUGGUAAAAGUUUCAUUUGAUCUGAACACUAUUCAGAUAAAAUACCUGGAUGAGGAAAAUGAAGAGGUAUCCAUCAAUAGUCAAGGAGAGUAUGAAGAAGCACUUAAGAUGGCAGUUAAGCAGGGAAACCAACUGCAGAUGCAAGUCUAUGAAGGCCACCGUGUUGUUGAUGAAGCUCCAACCCCAGUUGUAGCAGAGAAACAAGCAGGUGCCAGGGCAGGGAAGAAGCCACUUGCACAUUAUUCAUCACUGGUGAGAGUUUUGGGAUCGGACAUGAAGACCCCAGAGGACCCUGCAGCACAGUUUCCACUUGCUCCACGUGAUGCAGACCAGCCUCAAGACAAGCCCCCAGACUGGUUCACAAGCUACCUGGAGACAUUCAGAGAGCAGGUGGUUAAAGAAACUGUUGAGAAGCUUGAACAGAAAUUACAUGAGAAGCUUGUCCUCCAGAACCCAUCCUUGGGUUCCUGUCCCUCAGAGGUCUCAAUGCCUAUUUCAGAGGAAACACUGUUUUUGCCAGAAAACCAGUUCAACUGGCAUAUUUCUUGCAACAGCUGCCAAAGGAGGAUCUUUGGUGUGCGCUACCAGUGCAGCCUAUGCCCAUCUUACAAUAUCUGUGAAGAUUGUGAAUCGGGUCCAUAUGCCCAUGACUCCAACCAUGUCCUGCUGAAGUUGCGGAGACCUGUUGUGGGUUCCUCUGAACCAUUCUCUCACUCAAGGUUCUCUACUCCUCGUCUUCCUGCUGCCCUGGAACAGGCCAGGCUCCAGAAACAAGUUGACAAAAACUUUCUUAAAGCAGAAAAGCAAAGGUUGCGAGCUGAGAAGAAACAGCGUAAAGCAGAGGUCAAGGAACUUAAAAAGCAGCUGAAACUCCGCAGGAAGAUUCAUCUGUGGAAUUCCAUCCAUGGACUCCAGAGCCCCAAGUCUCCCUUGGGCCGACCUGAAAGCCUCCUGCAGUCUAACACCCUCAUGCUCCCUUUGCAGCCCUGUGCCCCAGCCAUACCAACCCUUAGUGCAGCAUUUGUGGAUGAGAAUUUGCCUGAUGGGACUCACCUUCAGCCAGGAACCAAGUUUAUCAAACACUGGAGGAUGAAAAAUACAGGAAAUGUAAAGUGGAGUACAGACACAAAGCUCAAGUUCAUGUGGGGAAACCUAACUAUGGCUUCAACAGAAAAGAAGGAUGUUUUGGUUCCCUGCCUGAAGGCUGGCCAUGUAGGAAUUGUGUCUGUGGAGUUCAUUGCCCCAGCCUUGGAGGGAACAUACACUUCCCAUUGGCGUCUUUCUCACAAAGGCCAGCAGUUUGGACCUCGGGUCUGGUGCAGUAUCAUAGUGGAUCCUUUCUGCUCCACAGAGAGCUCUGAUAACAUUGAAAAGGGCGUGAUCAACCCAAGCAAAACUGAUGAUCUCACCUGCCAGGAAGAGGAAGCUUUUCUUCUGGCUAAAGAAGAAAUUCAGCUAGGUGAGGCAUCUGAGCAGACAGAAGGGAAAGGAACCUGCAUCUCCCAGAAGACAAAAAAUGUUGCCAGUGAGAGGGAGCUCUACAUCCCAUCUGUGGACCUUUUAACUGCCCAGGAUCUGCUGUCCUUUGAGCUGUUGGAUAUAAACAUUGUCCAAGAGUUGGAGAGAGUGCCCCACAACACUCCUGUGGAUAUGACUCCCUGCAUGUCUCCUCUGCCACAUGACAGUCCUUUAAUAGAGAAACCAGGCUUGGGACAGAUACAGGAAGAGAGUGAAGGGGCAGGAUUUAAAGCACUCUCUGGUUCCACGGCGUCAGUGAAGAGGAGGGCUGACAAUACUACUUUAGUAGAGGAGGCAGAAGAUGACCUGAGCGGGACCCAGUUUGUAUGUGAAACUGUAAUCCGAUCCCUUACCUUGGAUGCUGCCCCAGAUCACACCCCACCUUGCAGACAGAAGUCCCUGCAGAUGAAAUUUGCCUCACCCGAAGAGGGACCUCUUGGAGAUGAGAGAGAGGAGAUGGUCCGUGUCACUGAGGAAGAAGCUGUUGUGGAGGAGGAGGAAGAUGAGCUCAAAGACGAAGUUCAGAGUCAGUCCUCUGCCUCUUCGGAGGACUACAUCAUCAUCCUGCCUGAGUGCUUUGAUACCAGCCGCCCCCUAGGGGACUCCAUGUACAGCUCUGCGCUCUCGCAGCCAGGCCUGGAGCGAGGUGCUGAAGGCGAUCCUGGGGUUGAGGCUGGGCAGGAACCAGUCGAGGCUGGGGAAAGACCCCCUGGAGGGGAGAACCAGCCGCAGGGGCACAGCAUCAAUGACAUCCUCAUGACCUCACAGACUCUGGACACAGUGCCCCUAACCCCAGAGGUGGUGGGGCCUCCACCACAACUGCCCAGGAGCCCUCCUUGUGCACAGCUUCAUGGCUCCCCAGGAGUGGAUUUACCAGUUACCAUACCAGAAGUUUCUUCAGUCCCUGAUCAGAUCAGAGGAGAGCCCAGAGGCUCAUCAGGACUUGUAAACAGCAGACAGAAGAGCUAUGACCACUCAAGGCACCACCAUCAUGGGAACAGCAUUGCUGGAGGACUGGUGAAGGGGGCUUUGUCAGUUGCUGCCUCUGCAUAUAAGGCCUUGUUUGCCGGACCACCAGUCACUGCACAGCCUGUAGUUUCUGAAGAUCAGACAGCAGCCCUGAUGGCUCAUCUCUUUGAAAUGGGAUUCUGUGACAGGCAGCUGAACAUGAGGCUGCUGAAGAAACACAAUUACAACAUCCUGCAGGUUGUGACAGAACUCCUUCAGGUCAACAACAAUGACUGGUACAGCCACCGCUACUGAGGAGUAACCAUGUAUUAAAUAACGUUGCCUGCUGCUCAGAGAUGAUCUUUAUUGUCAUUGGGGUGUGGGUUAGAAGCCCUUGCUUAUUUUUUAAUCUGAUGAGUCUGUAUAGAGCCCAUCAUUGAACUGUCAAGACAAUACCUGUAUUACAAUAUUUUUUGGAGCAAAUGAAAGACCAGAACAUAAGUUUUCACUUUAGACAUUGAAUGAACAGUAGGAAGACAGCUUUUCAGUUGGAGAACUCCUUUCUCCAUUUUAGUGCGUUGAAGAGUAUAACUUGAACUUCCUAUACAACCAUUUUUCUUUCUGCUUGUGUUGAAGUUGAGUAUUUUUCUUGGUUAAUGUGGAUGUUUUUAUGAGGGUUAUAUGUUGUCAGUUUUUAAAAGAAAUUAACCCUGAAAGUUGGUUUCAAGAAUUACGCAGAAUUUCUUUACCCUACCCCAAGCCUUGUAGUUACGUGGUAUUGAAAUGAUGCCCAGAGCAUGAUAGGAAUGUUCCUCUUCCUUUCCCUAGCAGAAGGUCAUUUCCCUGCAAGACUUAGUAAUUGGCGUCGUUGCUAAAGAGCCCAUUGAUAAACUUAAUAUCUACCUUCUGGGUCUCUGCACUUCAGUGAAAGGAGGAGGUACUGAUAGUAUGCUAAUUAAACCGCCAGCACCUUUUGAGCAGUGUCUAUUGUAGUAAUUUUGCAUACAUUUUUCUUUUAUUUAAGGGAGAAAAAAAUUAGGUAGUGUGAAAUAUUUUGCUAAUCCUAUAGAGGAAAGAAAAAUUUUAUUAAAGGAAAAGUAAAUUUAAGUUACCUUUUUUCUUUUGUCAGGACAGAUCUUAUUUACAGUAGUAGAGGGAGGGGGAGUAGAAACAAGUGAAAGGUGAAAGGCAGGCUCCUGUGUUAACCUCAGGAAAGUUCAGGGUGGGGCACGUAAGUGUGCCGUGAGGCACAGGAAAUCCUGAUGACUUCCUGAAAGUUUGAAAUCCGUUCAAGGGUACCUAUCAAGGGUAUCUAGAGAGUCCAGAACAGAGAGAAGAGGCUGGUGUUUUCCAAAACUUGGUUGGGCGGAAACAUUGAAAAAGUUUUGGUUUAACCCCAGGAUGAGUGGAGUGGGGAAGAGCUUCCUGAGGUGCAGGUUCUCACUGUUUGAGUCUUGGGUACAAUUGAUGAAGAAAGAGGUUACAAAAAAAACACUAAAAGAUAUAUUCAUGAAAGUAACUUAAAGUAAAAGAAUCUUGCCCCAGCCUGAAGGGGGGAAGGAUAGUUAAAUAGUAUUAUUUAACCCGGUUGGUAUUUAUAAUUAAUGAUUUUAAUUAAUCAUUAGCCAUAAUGAUGAUGUUUAUUUACAGUAUAACUCUCGAAUGCUAAUUAAUAAGCCAGGAUUCAUACUGCAAGCCAAACAGGCUGUUCAUUACUUAAAACCUUUUUAUCCGGGCUUCUGGGCAGAGACUGAGCGGCAGAGUGUGUGUAAUUGGGUUGAUGUGGGGCGGGGCCUGUCUGACCAUCUGUGUCGUAUUGUGGGGAUGCAAGAGGGCGCUGGGUCCUGUCGUCCGCCCCUUUGUACGUGUACGUAACCGCUGGGGGGGGGAAAUGGUGAAAUAAAGGUUCUUUGAAA